CCAAGCAACGUGAUUUAACUGUGGGAGAGGAUUGUCAAUGUUCAAUCAGAGAGGUUACGCUAUCUGCCUCCAAGUACAGCUCACAUCGCUAAAUAUCUCGCGUUAAUUAGAUGCUUGCAAAACAGCAACAAAAACAGUGGUGGUGGUGGUGUCUGCUUACGUGAAAUUAAUCUGUAAUCCCCUCCUUGACCUUUCCAUGCCUGCCUAUGUAAGAGUCUCAGCCCAGUGACGUUACGCACUCACCCUUAACUUUAUAACAUUAGCUGGCUAGGUGGCUAACACACAACACACGCAAAGGUGCACAUCAGUUUCUCAGGGGCAGAUUCAGAGAGGAACUGACUUUGGAGGGAUGGAUAGUGAGUGCAGUGUAAUGUAUGGGCUGAUACCAACACAUGGCAUGACCGCUGAUGACAUACAGUAAACGAGGAGGAGGCAUUACGGAGAGAUGUCAGCAUGGAGCAUUUGGAAAGACCUGGCAAAUCUCAGCUGAAAUCUGGCGACUCUCAACUACAAUUACCAAGAUGCUGUUUCCCCGACAACAAACACAGCACAUUUGACAGGCACCAACUAGAGUGAAGAACACCUCUGAUGGACAGCAAUGUAUGCAAAGUUAGUCUCCAGCCUUUGAAUUUGAGAAAUGAUGACUGACUAGUGUCUGUCUACAGCCUGCCACACAGUGUGGGUUCACACUGACAUGUGUAUGGGGUGAAUCCCCACUACACAAGCUAGUGUUACCAUCAAGUACCUGCACUGCAAAGAGUACAGAAGCAGCCAGAGGAGGAGAGACUGUGUUAGUUGUUUGCAGAGCUUAGUGGUUACAGGACCCACCUCUGAACAUGCUGCAGACUGGCAACUACUCCCUAGUGCUGCUGAUCCAGCUGACACUGUUGGCUUAUGACCUCUUUGUCAACGCUUUCAGUGAACUCCUGAGGGGAGCGCCUGUCAUCCAGCUUGUGCUUUUCAUCAUCCAGGACAUUGCCAUCUUGUUCAAUGUGAUCAUCAUCCUGCUGAUGAUGUUCAACACCUACGUGUUCCAGGUCGGCCUGGUGUCCCUCCUGCUGGAGCGAUUCAGGGCUCUGUUGAUGUUCUCCGCACUCUACUUGACCCUCAGCAUCUGCUUCCACUGCUGGGUCAUGAACCUAAGAUGGAUGGAGUCGAACCGUUUUGUAUGGACAGAUGGCCUUCAAGCCCUCUUCGUUUUCCAGAGAACAGCGGCUGUUUUGUACUAUUACUUCUACAAACGGACAGCAGAGUAUCUGGGAGACCCCAGGCUCUAUGAGGACUCUCUCUGGCUGCGGGACGCCUUUGCCAGAGCUCGUCAGUGAAGAUGGGAAGGAGGAUCAUCAUCUCUUCUUCCAAAUUUGGACUCUGGAAAAAUUAUGCCUUUACUUCCAUUUCCCCAGUCAAGUUGGACAGUGAGUCAAAGUGUCACACUGGUGAGCAUGUGGAACAGCGUGAACUGGUGCUGAUGCUCCCUGCUACAGGGAAGAAAGGCUGAGGAGAGGCUUUGACCACAGUUUGUGUCUACUGGCUCUGCCUGGGCUGGAGGCAGUCAGUUACAUGAUUUACAGUGGCAAGAGCCAGCUAAGGCAUGUAUAGUGUUAUAUUAAUCAGGACUGAGUCUGUUAAUCUAUGUGGCCUUCGUAAAUCCAUUUAAGGGGAAGUUUGAAUUGAACAUGCUGACAGUGGGUCGAAAGUUCAAGGAAGACCUGUUGUUUAAGAGGCAGGCGUUGCCAUACUUCCCCACAUGUACUUGCCAUGGAAUGGUAUAUGUCUAUUUUAUUGUAAUACACAGAAUAAAAUUGAGUUUUCAUUUUUUCCUAAAUGUUAGUGUUUGUUUGUUUUUUUUUUUUUUAUCUUUUUGUUGAACCUCUUACAAGGAUGAAAUGUUUUACUUUGCCUUAUGCAAGGCUGGGAUGCACUGUUUACAUGGUUAAUGUUAUUUUAAUGGCCAGUUCCAAUUUAAUGUGCAUCUAAUUCUUUAUCGUUCUGCUGGGAUCUUUGAAUUGUGUUCCCACUGCUUUUUAUUAAAUGAAUAAUCCUCCAGUAA